AUGCCCGCGAUUGCACCUACCUAUGCGCAAAGGCGCGGUCCCAUUCGAAGCAGUCAGUUCAUGGAUCUAGUUCGCGCGUUCGGCUUGAACGGCGUCGAUAGGGAUCUGCAGCACGUCAUUCGGGCUCUCAAGGCCGAGGAACGGCACGACGCCGCGGUGCUCGCGGUAGAGAUGCGAAACUUGCGCGCGCUGCGCAUCUGUCACGAAGAAGGCGCGUGGUUAUCGGCCGAAUGUCUACGCGCCGCUAUUCGCGUCGACGAUUACGGCAUCCUGAUGUUUUUGUGGCAGAAUAAGUCACCCGGCUUUGACGAAGCGUCGAUGGCUGCGGUGGCUGCCUUCACCGGAAACGCUCGUUUCAUCACCGAUUUCAUGAAAGAUCUCGUCGACGAGCGCACGACGAGCGCAGCGGCCGCGGGCGGUCAAUUGGGAUGCCUGCGACUCGCGCAUUCGUACGGCGCGCCUAUUAAGGCGUCGGCGAUGUUGAACGCCGGUGAACGAGGCCAUCUGAAUUGUCUGAGAUUCUGCGUCGCCGUCAGCGGCGAGGACUUCACAGCGGCGGAUAUCGAGAGAUGCGCGAACGCAGUCGCCGCCCAAGGAAAUGACUUUAUUGAGAUAUUUCAAGCGUUGCAGUCGGCGCCAGCGUUCAGGUGGAACCCUAAUUAUCUCGUCGUCGCGGCGAGUACUGGUGCGUUUCACAUGGCGCAGUUCAUCCUCGAAAAUGGCGGCAGGGAACUGAACACAAACCAAGCGCGCGACGUUGCGCGAGCCGGACGAACAUCCGGCCAUCGUGCUUGCUACGAGUUAUUGGAUCGCAAUUCGAGCGGGCGGGCCAAACCGUCUUUGAGAGAGGAGGCGGCGCGCGACGUCGCCGCCGUCAUCUUCAUCGCCGCCGCGGCGUCGGUGUUCGUGAGCACAUAUCGCGUCCUCGGUCGAGCUUUUUCACGCCAAGACUAA